AUGCAUGCCACUGCGGAUAUGGCUGGCACGCCAGACCGUAAUCUGAUGGAGGGGGGUAGCCAUGCUGGAGAGGCAGGCAACAGCUACCUCGAGGGGGGAGAGGUACCACCGUUCAUCAUCUUUGAGCUGCUUCUCGACGACUGA